CUGUUUUUUACCCCUCCCUUAUGACUCUCGUCAGGUGAUAAAUAAACUCUUCUUGUUAACAUUGUCAUAACACAGAUAUUAUAGUAUCACACGUCUUUCUCCAUUUGACUGAUUUCUACAACACAGGUCAUUCAGCUGUGCAGGAAACGUCUGAGACAUUUGUGUCACCUACCACUAACUAACCAGGAUUAUGGCUACAGGAUUACAAGACUCAUCAUUGACUGUAUGUGAUGUAAUCAGGAAGAGUAAAUUAAUCAGUGAAAAUCGACCUCGACGAUAUCGUCUCCUCACAACCAGAAGUAAUCUUGAUGAAAAAGGCUCAGUGAGAAAAUGGACAUUUGGACAGCGAGACAUCAAAAUGCAAAACAAAAUCCUACUGAUGGUAGGAGAAACUGGAACAGGCAAAACUACUCUGAUCAAUGCCAUGGUAAAUUAUAUACUCAGGGUGAAGUUUAUAGAUAAAGUGUGGUUUGAGAUUACAGAAGAGGGAGGAGAUAAUCACAUGUCAGAUCAGUCAAAAAGUCAAACAACUGAAAUCACUGUGUAUGAGGUCUUUGCUCAAGACAACCCAAUCUGUCUCACCAUCAUUGACACUCCAGGUUAUGGAGACACCAGGGGAAGAGAAUAUGAUAAACAGAUCGCUGAGAAUCUGCACAAACUGUUUCACAAUGAUACUGGAGUGAAGGAAAUCGAUGCAGUGUGUCUGGUAGUGAAGGCAUCUGAGAAUCGACUCUCUGACAGACAGCAGUACAUCUUUGAUGCACUUUUGUCCUUAUUUGGUAAAGACAUAGAGGACAACAUUGUCAUUUUUAUCACUCACUCAGCUGGAAUGCCUCCAACAAAUGCUCUUAAUUCCAUCAAGAAAGCAGGGAUUCCCUACAGGAAAGAUGAAGAAAAUGAACCUGAGCAUUUCUUAUUCAACAAUUGCCAAGCUGAGAAGAGGAACUCAAAAUAUAUCAAAGCUCUCCAAAAGGCUUGGGAACUAACGGAAAAUAGUUUAAAUGAUUUCUUUUCCUCACUCAAAGAAGAGAACAGAAAAAGCUUAGAGCAGACUGAAAAUGUUCUGAAAGAGUCCAAACGACUUGAAGCCUGUAUGUCUAAUCUACAAAAGCGCAUUGACCUUGUAGAGUGCAAACGUGAAGAACUGUCUCAGACUCAGAAAGCCCUGGAGGAAAACCGAGGAAAGAUAAAGAAAAAUGAAAACUUUACUUUUACAGUCACCAAGUGUUACAAAGAAAAAGUUCCCAUUGAAAAUGCUUCACGGUGGGCCAGAAAGGUGACCAGUUGCAAUGUCUGUAAGGAGAACUGUCAUGAGUAUGGCUGCUGGUGUGCCUGGAAUACCAAGUUGUGUGAAGUCAUGAGAAAUGAGCACUGCACUUCAUGUACAGGUAAAUGUCACUACACUAAACAUGUCAGAGAGGACAAGAAAUAUGUUACACGCAGUAAAGAGGUUUUGGUGACAUAUUAUGAUUUGAAAAAAGAAUAUGAAAGCAGCAAGAAACAGGAAGAGGAGAAGACAAGCAUGGAGAGGAGACUGAAAGAAGAACUGACCAAGACUGAAAAGGAAAAAGCUGAGCUGGUGGAAGAAGCCUGCAUCAUCAUCAUAAAACUGUCUGAGAUUGCUUUAAAGUCAGAUUCUGCUUUAAUUGUUCAGUGUCUCGACUUCUUGAUCCCUCGAGCUGAAGAAACUGGAAAACUCAACUAUGCUCAGAAACUAAGAGAGCUGAGGAACAUUCAGCCUGAAUCACAGGAAAGAGUUAAUGCUGUACUGGCGUAUGCAAGAGCAGGGCUCAGUCAAAUUAAACAUGUUGGUACUAGUAAAAAAAUUAAUUCAUUAGCUUAAAUAUGGCCAUGUAACAUGUGAUGAAGAAGGAAUUCUGAUCAUAUCUGAAUCAAGGUUGCAGGUUUUGUUC